AUGUUGUGGCUGUCUAGUACUCCUGUAUCUCUAGGAACGAGUAAUAGAACACUUUACAUAGCUCUAUUGUUAAUACUAGUUGGCUUAGCCGGAGAAGAAGCUUCUCUACCAUCAAUUUUAGAGAAGCAGUUUGAAGACGAUGAAAUUGCUGUCGAUGGGAGGGGAACGGAAAAACAAAAGAAGAGAGAGCAUAAUCGUAUUGUUUGGGGUCGUGCUAAUUUAUGGUCCUAUGGUGCUGCCUUUCUCGCAAAAUUCACAUAUUGGAUGCUCUUACCCAGCAAUCUCGGAUGGGAGCAAAGAGUCAAGGAUUCUUUCAUCGCCGUGGCUGUCAGUUACGUGGUUUUCAUCUGCGGCAGAUGCUGUUACGAACUCGGACGUCCAACCAGACUACCGGUUGCUGCUCGAUUCAAGGAGGCGACGAGGCUAUUCAAGUUGAUCCCUCUUUGGCUUUUAUUCAUCCCUUAUACUUUAGUGGAAGCAGCAGGAUCCACUGUUUUCAUCCUUCAGAGUUAUAGAUUGGUUAAUCCCAGGAUUUCUCGAUCUUUAUCAGAAGAGAUUCCCCCGACUUCGCUCUACGUGUUGGGGAAAUUCACAAGCUUUUUAGUAUCCGCGUCGGCUAGUUUUCUAAUCGACAAGGUUUGGAGAAAUGAGAACAAGCAACAUCGUGCUAGAUACGUGAGAAUGAGCGUCGGGUUGUUGAUCGCUUCCGGUUCGUCGCUAAGUUCUUGGCUAGUUGAGACCCGGAGAUUGAAGUUAAUCGGGGAGGAAGAGGAUCCCAUGACGCAAAUUCCCAUGACAAUCCUAUGGCUAGCUCCUCAAUUUGCCUUGUUAGGGAUCGCCAAUGGGCUGAUUAAGAAGGGGCUGGCUGAUUUCUUCUAUGACCGUGCACCGGUUUCCAUGUGGGAUCUUGAGUUUCUAGUCAAUAGUGGCGUGAUGUGCAUCGGGUAUGGUUUAACUGCAGUUGCCCCUUUCCUUGCAGGAGGCUGGAUCGCCGACGAAAUUAACGACUGUCGUUUCGACAAGUACAUGCGGAUGCUUACCUUUUUGAACAUCGCUGUCGUGCCUGUUUACAUAUUUUUCUCACUUAUGUUUGAUUGGAGCAUACCGGAGAAGGUUAAUUGGAGAGAGAUUGAGAUUGAGAUGGAGGAUGUUGAGGACGUGCGCCUCCAAUUAUAA